CCUGUAUAAGCACUUGGUAUAAAUACUAUGAGUGUGGUGGUUGAGUAAGCUGCGAUAUUUAUUCUACAGAGAUGGGCUUCAGGGAUGCAGCAAAGUAAGAACACAGAAGCAAAAUAGAUAUUGCUUGAAGCAUUGAUAUAAUGCCACCAUGGAAGAUGAAAGAAAGGGCGGCCAAUAUCGAGGAGCAUAUGCGCCCGUAAGGAAUCACAGAAAACAGGCAGACACUUUCUAGAUGCCUGGCGUACCUAGUUAGGUUCUGAGAGUUGCUAGAGUGAAUCAGUCGAGGACAAUGACUUACUGAGGAAUCAAUGGACUCCAGACCGUUUCCUAAUCUUACAAAGUCAAGCGGACUUUUCAUUAUAGAUACCUAGGUAUUUGUGAAAGCAGACAAACUCCUACUGCUAUCCCAGGAGUGCAUCGCCCCCCGAAACUCUCGAUAAACCACAUCGUAACGCCUACCAUAUUAACAGAUACUCCUGACGCGUAAACAUGAACGGAAGAAAGCCUCAAGCGAUGGCCGAGUUCCGCCAGAUCGGAUCCGCUGGCGAUGAAGCGGCUUUCGCGACAACGAAUAUCCGCCGUGGCACACGUAUCAUCGCCGAAGCCCCCUUAGUCAUGGUGCCGCCAGUAUCGGACGACGAGGAACUGUCGGAGUUCCUUAAGAUUGUCAAUACCCUACCAGAAGCCACGGUCGCCGAAAUGGUGAAAAUAUUUUGCCAACCAUCAGUUGCAAACGGUAUUAAAGACAACACCUAUGUCCAACGCGAAGUCUGGGGUUUCCACAAAGCUAGGAGAUGGAAAGAUAAUGACGGGAACAUUCUUCAGGGGAAGAAAUUACAAAAAGCCGUCAAGAAGAGUCUCAACCUCUGUGCUAUCUACCUUACCAACAACGUCCAGCUGGGCCCAGCAGGAAAAUAUGGCGAGGGCGUCUUCUCCUUGUACAGUCGGGUCAGACAUUCAUGUGUUCCCAACGCCCAUAACUCAUGGAAUCCAACCAUCGGGAGGUUGACCAUACACGCAAUCCACGAUAUUAAAGCCGGCGACCAGAUAUACGUGGAUUAUACUGGAAACGUCUGUCGGACCCGCCAACAGCGCGCAUUCUCUUUGUCUGCGACAUGGGGUAUCACUUGCGACUGCACAGCUUGUACCAAGUCACAGACCGACCAACUGCGGUAUCGCAUGGUGGUUCUCGACCAAGCUUUGGCGGCCUACACAUGUGGCGCGUCUAAAGACUUGAACUUCGAAGCCAACCACGGAAUUCCAAAAAUUAUGACAGCUAGAGAGGCCCUGAAGGCUGCGGAAGAACUUGCGCGGCUUUUGAGAAGACAGAAUCUACACGGUAUGGAACUGUGUAAAGUGUACCGCGAAUGCUCACAAUAUGCGCUUGAUGGUUGCAAUCGGGCGAAGGCUCUCGAUUACGCCCGCAAGGAAUUGGAACUUGAGAGAACGUUGCUUGGGAUGGACACUGGCCAUCUCAAAGAAGGACUCUACGGUGCCAAGUACUGGUUUGAGCACCUCCAGAAGAAAAUGUGAUAGCGAUCCCAAAGUCCGACGCUUGCCUUUCUAGCGGAGUCACCGGAGUUUCCGCUCGGGGAUUGAGGAGGGGUCGGGGCGAGGGUGAAGGGUUAUCUAUCCGAAGCGUAAUUUGAUUUGUUACUAGAGUAAUAAUAAAUUACCUGACUUGCCCAUAAAUUUGAGAUGAAAUGCGUGUAGACAUGGUUG